AUGGCUGGAAUGAGGCUAUGCAGAGGGAAAUCAUGGCUUUACAGAAAAAUGAAACUUGGAGUCUUGUACCAAAACAGUCAGGUAUGAACAUAGUCGACAACAGAUGGGUUUUCAGAGUAAAGAAAAAUUCAGAUGGCACAAUAGAAAGGCUAAAGGCUCGGCUGGUAGCUAAAGGCUUCACGCAAAGACCCGGAAUUGAUUUUGGCGAAACUUUUAGCCCAGUAAUCAAGCCCUCAACAGUUCGCAUCAUCCUAACAAUAGCUGUGUCAAAAGGAUGGGAUAUUAGACAACUCGACAUCAACAAUGCAUUCCUCAAUGGAAAACUUGAAGAGGCUGUUUUUAUGAGUCAACCGCAGGGAUUUGUGGAUCAAUCCAAACCAGAUUUUGUGUGUAAGCUCAACAAGUCGCUAUAUGGUUUAAGACAGGCCCCUCGGGCUUAGUAUGAUCAACUGAGAUCCACUCUUACAAGCUGGGAAUUUCGAAACUCUAAGGCUGACUCAUCCUUGUUUUUCUUAAAAACAUCUACUCUUGUGAUUAUGGUACUCAUUUAUGUAGAUGAUAUAAUUGUGACAGGAAAUGAUUCAAGGAAGCUGCAAGAUUUUAUUGCUCGACUAAAUGCCAUGUUUUCUCUAAAAGAUUUAGGACCUCUUCAUUAUUUCCUUGGCAUAGAAGUUCAUAGGGAUGAGACUGGACUUUAUCUCAGCCAAGCAAAAUAUAUCAAAGAACUACUCACCAGGACAGCAAUGCUUCAUCUUAAACCAUGCUCAACUCCCAUGACAGUCGGCAAAGCUCUCUCAAAAACUGAUGGUGAAGCAUUAAAACAGCCAACACUUUAUCGCAGCAUCAUUGGAGGUUUGCAAUACUUGACUCAUACUCGGCCAGACUUGUCUUUUGUAGUAAAUAAACUAAGUCAAUAUCUGCAAGCUCCUACAACAGUGCAUUGGUCAGCAGCUAAAAGAGUACUGAGGUAUCUUAAAGGAACCAUUAAUCACGGGAUUCACAUCAAGUUCUCAGAUCAGUUGUCCAUUACAGGUUACUCAGACGCGGAUUGGGCAUGUUGCCCAGAUGAUAGGAAAAGUAUUGCUGGUUAUUGCGUUUAUUUGGGAGACACUUUGGUAUCUUGGUCUUCAAAGAAGCAGGCUGUGGUAUCACGAUCAAGUACGGAGUCCGAGUAUCGAGCACUAGCACAUGUGGCUGCAGAAAUUUCGUGGAUUCAAGCACUACUCAAUGAAUUUCAGUUUCCUCUACAAAGAACUCCCAUUAGCUGGUGUGAUAAUAUGGGAGCUAGUGCUUUGGCAGCAAACCCAGUUUACCACGCACGUACCAAGCACAUUGAAUUAGAUGUGCACUUUGUUAGAGACAAGGUAUUAAAGAAGCAGCUGGAAGUUCGGUAUGUGCCAUCUUCUGAUCAGAUCGCAGAUUGCUUGACCAAGAGCUUAACACAUCACAGAUUUCACUUCCUUACAGACAAACUCGGAGUAGUUGAAACCCCUCUUCGUUUGAGGGGGAGUGUUAAGAAAUGAACUAAUUCCUAAUUAGAGAUUAAUUGGUUUAUUGUAUUAGCCCUUUGUCUUUUCUGUCAUUGUAUACCGUUAGGCUGUGGUCCCAAUUCUAACAAAUUGGUACUGUCAAAAGUUUGUUAGAAUAUUCACCUUUUGCUCAAUAGUGACUGUACAAAUCAUUUCUGUUGUAACUGUAAAAUAUUCCAGAAUGUACCAUAAAGCAUAUAAAUAGAAUUUCAUCAGCCUCAUUCCAUUGAGCUGAGUUUUAC